AUGAUUUCUAACUAUAGCAAGCCUGUAGAGACACCAUUGUAUAAACCUGUUGAGACGAAUUACAAGCCAGUGUCAAACUAUGCGACGACCUAUACACCUUAUCCCUCAGCUGAAGUUCCAAAAACAGCUAAUCAUGACAUGUCAUAUUUAAAGCUAUUUAAUUUGGAUCACGAUUACGGUGAAGAUGCUAGGCAGAACAAUGAUUUCAUUGGCGGAUUUGUAGAUGACUCCAACGUUCCGCGGCCUAAACUUGAAGUAAACUAUAGUAAGGAAAUGGAGCCAGCGGGAAAUGGUGGAUCGGUUCAAAUGAAUAAUUUUGAUAGACUGUUUAUGGACAAGGCAGAUGAUAAUGCGUCGAUUGAAUCAGUCAAAACCUACCACACGUCAUCGACACUCAAAGAAAUGAUGGCCAAAACCGAGAAUUUGCAAAAGAAGUUUGAGGAUCUUGAAAACAAAUUAGCACAAAUCAACGAGGGUGAAAGCAUUGAUAGAUUAACAGAUAAAAUAAAGACAUGCAACAGUUAUUACAGCGAGUGGAAUGCAGAUUCCAACGAGUCAGAUUACAUUUAA